GCACAGCUGAUGCAAAUUGCAAUUUACACAUCAUUCCAUACCUUAACUAAUAUAACCUGUAUCUUUCCCUUUUUGUAACUAAAAUGAAUCUGCUUUAAAACGUAGGAGUCAAACAAAUAUAGAUAAUUCAUAACCGAUAUCGUUCCAUCCUCCUGUACUUUAUUUAAUUUAUACGUAAAUAAUGACUUAUUCCGGUUGUGUUCAUUUAGAACAGUUCAUACGAGAAGAUGAGGGUUUAAAGAUGUACGAGUUACUUCACGGAGUGUUUGUGAUUAGUGGAUCGCGCGAAAGGCGUCAAGCGAAAUCGUCAAACACUCAUUGUUACGUUUGUUACGAGAAACACACCUUUUUACAUGUAUGUAUGCAUUGUACAUUCUUCGGAUGCCAAAGUCAUAUUCGAGAGCAUUCAAAAGUGAAAAAACACACUUUUUCUAUGGAUCUUCAUUAUGGCCAAAUAUAUUGUAGCCACUGUACUGAUUAUGUGUAUCACGAGGAACUCGACAACAUUGCUAGGUCAAAUGCUUUACAUGGGGAUCGAGUAAAUAAGUGUGUAUUAGAAUUAGUGUGGCCGUGCUUAUGCGUUGAGGACAAAGAGUUCUUCAAUAAGACUGAUAAAAUGGUUAUUGAUAGGGCUACGCAUAUUGGUUUGAGAGGAUUAUUAAAUUUAGGUUCCACCUGCUUUAUGAACUGUGUGAUCCAAGCAAUGACUCACAUACCCGUUUUAAGAGAUUAUUUUUUUACCGAACACCAUCAAUGUAAUGACACGCCCUCAAAAUGUUUAAUAACGAACCUAUUUCGCGCAUUUUACACUGGUGAAAAAACACCACUUCUCUUGAACGAGUUUUUGUAUUUAAUAUGGACUCAAGCGCGCCAUUUAGCCGGUUACGAACAACAAGAUGCCCAUGAAUUUUUUAUCGCAACUUUAGACAUGCUACACAUACAUUGCCAAUCAUCUCCUGGGCAACCAAAUUCCUCUGGAAGCAAAGCCGCAAGCUGUACUUGCAUUAUAGACCAAGUGUUUACAGGUAGUCUGCAAAGUGAUGUUGUUUGUCAAAAGUGUUCCGGUGUCUCCACAACCUUGGAAACUAUGUGGGACUAUUCAUUAGACCUCACCCCAUCGGUCACCGACGGCUCCUUGCCAAGCUCCUUAGAAGAUUGUUUGGAGAGAUUCACCGGCACUGAAGUUCUAGGAUCCAACUCGAAAAUAUUUUGUGAUAAGUGCCAAUCGUAUCAAGAAUCAACUAAACAGUUUACAAUGAGAACUCUUCCAGUUGUCCUGUGCUUUCAUCUAAAACGUUUUCAACAUCUCAAUGAUCUCGAGAAAAAAGUGUCGGCAAAAAUCAAAUAUCCCGAACUUUUAGAUAUGACUCCCUUUAUGACAAAACAGAAAAAGGACACCAUUUUGAAUUUACAAUUACCUUACGAUAAUAAAUAUCUUCUUUUUGCAGUUAUUAAUCAUUUAGGUUCCUCAAUUAAUGCAGGGCAUUAUAUUUCUUACAUUCGAUACAAAGAUAACUUUUGGUAUAAAUGUGACGAUUUAGUCAUUUCUGAAGCCGGAAUCGAAGAGGUUCUGCAAUCGGAAGGAUAUUUAUUGUUUUAUCAUAAAUAUUGUUUGGAAUAUCGCUAAUUGUGAAUUAUCAGUAUUCGUAAUUAAGACAUAAUUUAUUUCACUCUUAAUGUAAUUGUAACUAUUGUGAAUCUUGCAAUUUGUGCUUAAUGGUUUUUAAUCUUGGUAGAGGAUGCCAUGUGCCCACAUAUUGAUAUUUCAUUUGUCCAUGGCAGUACAGUUCGUAUUCAAUUCAUAAAUGAUGAUUGUCUGUGAAAAUAUUGAAACUUGACUGUGAAUUAUGUUAAAAAAAUGAUAAUAAAAUACCUACCGACAACCACAAUGA